AUGGAGGCCUUGUCCCCUAGAGAUGCCAAUGCCCAGCGAUUGCCCAAAGCCGCCGAGGUUAAGUCCAAGACGGUCGCCCAGCUGAGGGCCGCAAAGGACAAGGAGCACCCUCCGCCGCCGCCUCCCCACGUCACCGAGCCUUGCAGCUCUGAUCGCCCAGAUGGCGCCGUCUACCAGGUCGGCAGGCUGCUCGGCAAGGGGGGCUUCGCCAUUUGCUACAGUGCUCAGCAAGUGUCGACCAAGCAGAAGCAUGCCCUCAAGAUAGUCAAGAGCCGCAUGCCGCCCAAGAUGGAACAAAAGUUCCAGACAGAGCUCCAGAUACACUCCAAGAUGAGGCACAAAAACGUGGUCCAGUUCCUGAGAGCCUUCUCAUUCGACAGCUGCACCUACCUCGUCCUCGAGCUUUGCAACAACGGCUCCCUCAUGGACAUGGUGAAGCGACGCAAAGGAUUGACCGAGCCCGAGGUCCGCUUCUACUCGGUCCAGAUUGCCGGCGCCAUCAAGUACAUGCACGGAAAGGGCAUCAUCCACCGCGACCUCAAGAUGGGCAACAUCUUCCUCGACGCCCGGAUGAGCGCAAAGAUUGGCGACUUUGGUCUUGCCGCCUUGGUGGUGACUGGUAGGGACAUGCAGACCAUUCGUCGCACCACCCUCUGCGGCACCCCCAACUACAUUGCCCCCGAGAUCCUGGAAAAGGGUAAAAAGGGCCACGACCACAUGGUGGACAUUUGGAGCCUGGGCAUCAUAAUGUUCGCCAUGUUGACGUCCAAGCCACCCUUCCAAUCCUCGACAACCGACGAAAUCUAUCGCCGCGCCCGCGAGAGAGACUACGAAUGGCCGACGGCCGACGCGUCCCAAAAGUACAUCAGCCAGGAGGCCAAGGAGGUGGUCGCCACCAUGCUCGAGGACGCAGACCGCCGCCCGGACCCAGACGCCAUCGUCCAGCACCCCUUCUUCACCUUGGGAUACAUGCCGACCGAGGCCGACUUGAGCCCUCGCCUGCGCGAGUUGCCCCCCGAGCGUCAGGAGUUUUACACGACGCGCAUGGGCAGCUCAAUGCAGGCACAGUCGUACCGUAACUUGAAGGACAUGUGUCGGGAAUGCUGCGUGGGCCCCUGGACCCAGGUCCAGCUCAUCCACACGCAGAUUUGGAAAGAAAUGGCGGCCGAGGAAAAAGCCGGACUGACUCCGGCGAUACCCUUGGCCGAGAAUUUGGUCUACAGGCCCUUUGAAGAGAUUGUCAAGGAGCAGCAAAAGAUUCGCACAAAGUACGCGUCCUCGAUCGUGUCGCAUUCGUUGCUGCCCGCCGCAUACUCCGAGGACCCGUUGGCGAGCACCCAGAAAGCAGCAGCCGUCGGCCUUUUGCGACAGCCGCCGCAGAGCUUUGCCGCUCAGCAGCGAGCUCAGAACAGGCCCCUCACGGUUGUCCCCAAGGCCAGGCCGAAGCCUCUCGUUGAAGCCGCCGCGCCUCAGCCACCCCAGGUCUCGCGAGUUCGAUCUCGACAAGAUGCCGCCCCCGCGACGGCUUCCAAGGAGGUGCCGGAGCGCACCGCCAAGAGCAUGCGCAGCUCGGUGCGCACGACGCUGCCCUCGGCAAGGUCGGCGCCCAGUCUGCAAGUCGCCGAGCGAGCGGCGGCCAUUGCCUCGGACCCUCCGGCCUCCCUGAAGAGGUUCAGCUCGUCGGACUCGAUUCGACCAACGACGCUCUUUAGCCCGGACGAGAAGACGGACGAGAUGUCCGGAACCAAACCCGACGUUAUUCUGGACCGGCUUAGACGGCUUCAGACGGAACUGGAGAGGGCGCUCAACUCCCGGACCAUGGCCAUCAUAUCGUCAAAGACUGUGACGCCGCCCCAUCCCCACGUCGUCGUAAAAUGGGUCGACUAUACCAACAAGUUUGGGCUCGGGUAUAUUCUCAAUGAUGGCAGCGUGGGAUGCAUCCUGCGCGAUGUUCCCACCACCGAAGGCGUCAAGACGGCCAUGCUGCCCCCUGCCGGCGUCUUCAUCCGCGGCGCCGAGAAGCAUAUCCUCCGCCGGCAGGACGAGUCGUAUCCCGACAGAAGCCAGCCGAUCCCGAUGACAGAGCCAAUCAAGUUUUUCGAGAACAAUGGCGAAGGCGGCUUGGCCGAAGUCUCUGUGUCACCAGAACAGUUCCGCGUAGCCGUUGGCGAAGAUGGCACGGCGGGCAAGAUGAACCCUGGCAAAGACAUUUACCAGCACCGGAAGCGGGAAAGGAUCAUCCUGUGGAAGAAGUUUGCCAACUACAUGAUCGCCUACGGCAGAGACGAGGCUGCCCCGGCUGAAGAGGCCGAAGCGGCGGGUGUAAUGUCUCCUGGCCGGAGGGACACGACGGCAGAGCUGGUGACGUUUUAUCAGCGGUUCGGGGACGUCGGGUGCUGGGUAUUUUGCGACGGCCAUUUACAGUUCAACUUCCCCGACCAUACAAAGAUCGUCCUCGAUGCCACGGGCACCUGGUGUCACUUUUGGCACCUGCCGCAAGAGGCAGCAGAGAGACUUGCCACGACGGGCACGAUAGGCGCAGCCGCGCUCGACGACCGGGCGACGUUGACGUACCCGUUGCAGACGCUGCUCAACUUUCAGUCCAAGCCAUCGGCGGCCCGCUCUGCGCGGGCGUCGACGUCUCGCCGGCGGCCAGAGAUUGACCCGGAAAUGCAGGGCAUCCCGGCGGCAAACGACUUCCGCCGCAAGGUCGAGUUUAUCCGCAACGUGGUUCGGGAGUGGGUGGCCAACGAGGGGCUGGGCAACAGUUCCAUGAGCAGGGAGACGAGGCUUCGCUGGACGGGCUUCCGGGAGACGGUCAACGCGACGAUUCCGCAGAAGCACGUCUGGGUCACGAUUGGGGCCCGCUGGGGGGACCAGCGGCUGUCGACGUACGUGGACCCGCGCAAGCCGUGGGAGCUGGGGGACGAGGUUGACGGGUCCAAGAGAUGA